CCAUUUUUCUUUUUUUUUCCUAGAGGCGUGCAGAUUGGAAUGUUGCUGGUGGAAUUGAGUUCCAACUUUGGAUUUUGGAAUGAAUUUUUCGCAAUGGAUAAUCAACGUGGUGGUGUGGUCAAGUGAACUAAUUCUUAUCGUGUUAAAACUGACAAUCUGUCGAAAAUUGAAAUCUCCAUUGUGACGUCGUUUGAUGCCAAACGUGUUGGACUUGGAACACGCAUCGGUGAACACCACGACGGUGAGGUCGGCCAUCGAAAAAACUGUCUGGCGGGAAACUUCGUGGCCAUUUCGUCACCUGUGAUAUCGUCCAUCACCUACAUCACCUGAUCAAGGGCCAUCCCAAACCCAGAAUGGACGCAGCUGGAACUAGGACUGCGAGUUGGAUCUGGGCCAAAUCCAACGUCCGGCUGUUUCGACGACGACCACUGAUUUCAAAUUUCAAGUUAGCCGAGGAUCGCCAUCGUGACGCCGUCUGAAGUCGAACGUGUUGAAUCAUCGGUCGUCCAACAGCAGUGAAGCAAAGGAAUGAAAUCAGUCACCUCCCGCAUCAUCCCAAUCGCACGCAGAGGAUGACAAGGCCAGCCCGAAGACAGGAAACACGACACUGGAACUAUAGCGUGUUGGAGCUCCGCCAAUCCAACUGUUGCGACGACGAUGGCGGAUGUCAAGUUGGAUCCGACAUCGUGACGUCGAUUGAGGACGAACUGCGUCACGGAAAUGAACGGCCGUUUCAUCACCUCCAACGACAUCCGAAUGGAAUGCGGGAAAAUCCAAGGUCAGCCCGAAGAAUGGCAUGGACGCAACUGGAACUGGCGAGUUGGAUCUGCGCCUAAUCCAACGUCCGGCUGUUUCUAUGACGACAUCUCCAACAUCAAGAUUUUCUUUUUCACCUUUCGCCAUGAAAUUUUUGAGCUUCGUCUGCUGUCUCGUUGUUCUAGUGGCCAUCGGCGCCGACGCUGAAACUGAAUUCAUUUGCGAGUUCAGUUCGAGGACGCUGGCCUGCCCGCACGGCAAGAGCCUGGACAUCAAAUUCGCCAAUUUCGGUCGGAUCGGCCACAACGUUUGCUUCCGCGGCUACCGGUCGGGAGCCGAUCGCGUCAACAAUUGCUACGACGAAUCGCACACAGACCUAGUGGGCAUGCUCUGCAACGGCCAGUCCACCUGCCUUUUGCCCGCCUCCAACGAAGUCUUUGGCGACACCUGCCCGGGCGUUCUCAAAUAUUUGCAAGUCAAAUAUCACUGCGUUUAAAAAAGCAACAACAAAAUCUUUUGAAACACAAAACAAAAAUGAUUGGGCCCGCAGGUUCAAACAUUUUUUUUUUACCAGCCGCAACUUUUUUCUCUUUUUUUGUGACUGUACACAGCGAAAAACAGUCGUCAAAACAUUACCACAACUAUUACAUAUACGUUAUACGUUAUAUUAUAUUACCUUAUUAUCUCUGUUCCGUUAAUUUAAAAUUUCUGAUUUUCUCGUGUAAAUUAUUUUGCGAUCGUCCAUUUUUCCGUUACAGGAAAUUGAUGGCGCGAGACCACGGCUAUAUUUGCUUACUUAAAUAUUAUUCCCACCCCACAUAAAAUAUAAUUAUGACACACAUAUUUUGAUCAUAUUAAUCAAUCGUUGGACCAUACCUUUACAGCAACCUCGUCCCUUUUUAAAAAAGGCGACUGGUCGCUUUUGGGUAGUAGAUGUAAUACGACGAAUAUUAUUAUUAUUAUUACAGCUCUAUAUCAACUAUUAUUCUCGAUGUCGCAAGCACGCACUAUAUUCAUUGUUGUCGUUUUAUUACGCGUUUGCAGUUUCUCCUUUUUUAUUUCGAAAAAUUGAGUUAUUGGCGCGUCCAAUUAUUAUCUUGACAAAAUACAUUCUAUACAUCAGCA